GGGCGUAGGCGGCUACUUGGGAAAUAAUUUACACGGGGUGGUUUAUAUGCAAACACUGUACAGCUAGCUGCGUCGGUUGCCAUUUUGAUCCCGAGUGAACGUUUGGGGCUGUGAAAUUUAUCUUGCACUUACAGGCUCGAGCAAUUCCGCCGGACGUUUUGUUCGAUCUUGCCGAAGAAUUUCCUCAUAAACACUUGAAAACAGAAGAAUCAUCAUGGCGGACGCAGUAGACAUGGACGCCUUUGCCGAAUCCUUCAAGGCCUUUGCCAUCCAGGGCGACACCAAGGCCACGGGCAAGGACAUGACCAACAAGAACUGGGCCAAGAUGUGUAAGGACUGCAAGGUCAUCGACGGCAAGAAGGUCACCGGAACGGAUGUCGAUAUCGUCUUCUCCAAAGUCAAGGACAAGUCUGCCCGUACAAUCACACUGGGCCAGUGCAAGACGGCCCUGGAGGAGUUGUCUGCCAAAAGAUUCCCCAAGGACGACGAGGGGAAGAACAAGACCUUCGCCCUGAUCGCCGGCAAGAAACCGGGAACCACGGGCGCUACGAAAGCGGUGAAGGCUGGUGGCGUUGAUCGUCUCACGGACACCUCCCAGUACACCGGCUCGCACAAGGAGCGCUUCGACGCGUCCGGCAAGGGCAAGGGGCUCGAGGGGCGUGAGGAUAGGGCCGAGAACACGGGUUACGUCGGUGCUUACAAGGAAGCAGGCACCUACGAUAAAAAGGUCAAGAAAUAAACCCAGCCCACGGAUUUUCAGGGUGUUACAAGCGCUAUAGCAUCCAACCGUUAUAUGUAAAUUUAAAUAGCACAUUAGUAAAAGAAAAAUUGAGCCAAUUGUACACAAUGCGUUUUGUGGCGUCAUGUAACUCUGGUUCACCUUUAUCCCCGGGGUAACUUAUAUCCGUUGUUUUUACAACCAGGGUCUUUAGAAAUGUCAAGUUGACGGACGGUGGUUUGAAAUUGCGCUAUCUCAAAGCAUUAUAAGUUGAAACCACAGCCAGUAGACUCACAUUGAUACCCCUAAAAUGCCCUGCUUUUAAAAACAAUGGAUAUAGGUUACUCUGCGAAUAAAGGUGAACAGGCGUUAGUUCACAGGCUAUGAGUCCUGGUGUGUAGUGUUUGCAGUGUGAUGUCAUUUCAUGUGCUAUCAAAAAACACUAUAGAACGAAUAUUAUAGGCCCAACAUAAUCAACUGCUUUUCCAAACUGUUGCUGUGGCAUUGUAGUUGUCAGGCGCUGUUGUUUAACAUGUAUGUACUCGUGUGUUGUGUGCUUUUUAACAAGAUCACAGUGUCUUCGCCUGCGUGUCUUGGGAGUGCGUUCAACCAUGCCUAACCAUUGUAAUGCAUGUCAUUAAAUCUGCAAUGCGACUCUUACAGUAAGCAUGCCCAGCAGGCUGCCCAGGCAUGCCACCUAGUGAGAUUCAUCAGAACUGCAGGUGCAGCCACAGCCCGUCCAAUGUUUGAGUGUUCAUUUAUUAACACACAGUGAUCUGCAAGCUUGAGUUGUAAUAGUUGUGCUUUAGCGGUGUAUGUUGUUUUCGUGAAAUUUUGUGUGAAUUCAAAUAUAUAUGAAGUACCAUUAUUGGCUGGAUCCAUAUCGUAUUUGUGUGAAAUAUAUAUAGUACAUUCCUCGUCCAAUGCUUGAAUGAAUUUUCGAUUUUUAGCGUAAUGUACAUGUACAAAUAAAGAAAAAAAGAUUAACGGCACCAACUAACUAAACCCCAUUUCGGCAAUACUGUGUUUUUGACAAUGGCUAUGCAUAUGUGCACUAAGGUGAACAUCCUCAUUAUGGAGACUGGAAAAAAGAAAGACCGAAAUAGACAUCCAUGUCGAUCACAAUCAGCGGAACGACCAAUCACAGCAUGGCAAUUAGCGGUUCGACCAAUGAAGGAGUUCCCGCAUGUCGUUAGAAAUCUGCAUUUCCCCCCAGUCACCACUGUCGAAAAUAUGAAAGACGUUUCACACUUUAAACUUUGUUGAAUAGGUAGAUAUGUGGAGAGACAAAAAAAUGAGGCUGGAGAAGUAAGAGAGAGAGAUAAGACAAAGGAAGAAUCGGAUAAAAAGGAGACAACUGGGAGAGAGGGAGUGAGAGAGAAAGAGAGAGAGAGAGAGAGAGAGAGAACUUUGCCCUAUAUUAUAUCUUACGAACAAGCACAUAUAUGGUACAAGUAUGCAAACUUUAGCUAGCAUUUUUAUACACUGAGUUGCUUCCAUGUUGCGGUUAAUAAACGAUGUUUCCAAAACAA